AUGGGAUUUCCUGCAGGCCACCAUGGUUUCAUUAUGGGAAGACUGCUGGGUUGCUUAGCAUUUGUGUUUUCUUGUAUAGAUCGUGCAAUCUGCUAUCUUGUUUCUUUUCUUUGGCUUAGCAAUCCACUACGCCCUGAAAGAAAUGGGCAGAGAGAAUCUCAAGAAAUCCCUUCUGUGCUUUCAUCGCCAUCAGAUGGUGACAUGGUUAGAAAUAAAUUGCCUGUCAUCAAAUUUCGGAGUUUUGCAGAGAGUUGUGGGGAGAUUCAAGACGAUGUUAUGUGUGCUGUUUGCUUGAGCUCGUUGGAGAGAGAUGAUGAAAUUCGGGAGCUGUGUAAUUGCUCUCACAAAUUUCAUAGGGAUUGUUUGGAUAAAUGGAUUGAUCACCAUCAGAUUACAUACCCUCUCUGCAGAUGUCCUCUGAUUGAACAAACAGAAAUAGUUCAUCAAAGCCAAGAUCACAGUGAUGAAGAUUGGAUCUCAUUUCUAUUUGAAGGUGGAGAUUUGGUCAAUUCAUUUUAG